AUGUUCUCUUUCUUCGCCCUCGUCGGUCUUUUCGUCGCUGUCUCCGCUGAUGCCUAUGGAGGAGGGGUUCCUACCCCAAUCACCACCACCUCUGUCACCACUCAACCCCGUCAUUUCCUUCGUCCUGAUCCUUUCCAAUCUUUCCCCCAACAAUCCUUCCAACAACAAUCCUUCCCCCAACAAUUCCAACAGGAUUUCCAGCCGAGAACUUUCGUCAGACAAGGAUUUGUCCCUCAGUCAAACCCUACCCAGAUGAUCUCUUUCCAGCGUCAAGCUCAACCCGUUCAAUACCCAUUUGAGAACUACCAACGCCCACAACCAAUCACGAAUCUCGGCUAUGGUGCCUCAUCUUACGGUCUUCCACCCCAGCCUGUCCCUACUUCUUUCGUCGUCCAGGAACAGCCAAUCACUGUCUCGGGCGGUUUCCCCCAGGCUCUCCCUCAAACUCUUCCCCAAUCUUUCCAACAAGGAUCCCUCUCUCCUUCUGUUCUCUCGUCGAUCAACGAACCAACAAUGAGCGUCUCAGGCAAUCAAAUCAGCCAAUCGGGAUCUACUGGAUCCGCUUAUGGACCUCCACCAGCAGCUCACCGCAACUACCCCACUCCAUCUCCCCAUCUCCUUCACAUCAACGAUGUCUCGGCUCAAUCUGAGGAAAUCGAUUCGGAAACCCCGAAAGCCAUAAAUGAACACGGAUUCCGUCGUUGGCGUUUGGCGCACAGAAAAAUCCGGGCA